AUGGAAUUUGGUUACGAUCGUAAGGAAGAGCUUAAGUCUUUUGAUAACACAAAACUUGGUGUUCGAGGACUUGUAGAUGCUGGUGUAGUAAAUAUUCCCAAGAUGUUCGUUCGAUCGUCAGAUGAACUCACUGAGGACCUCGACCACCCUCGGACCACCCACAUUGGUCUUCCGGUCAUCGAACUUACUGGUCUUUUGACCUCUAAUCGUGGGAAGAUUGUUGAUCAAGUCCGGAGGGCAUCGGAGGAAUGGGGAUUUUUUCAGGUGGUAAAUCAUGGAAUACCCUUAGAUUUGCUGAAUAACAUGAUAAAUGCUGUACGGAAAUUUAACGAGCAAGAUAUUGAUGUAAAGAAAGAGUUUUAUUCUCGUGAUACAAAUCGAAGAGUGAGAUUUAACAGCAACCACGAUUUGUUUCAAUCUGAAAGAGCUGAUUGGAGAGAUACAUUUUCUGUUUCUAUGCUUAGAUCAGACCAUAUUGACCCAAAUGAGUUACCUGCCAUUCUCAGAGAUGAAGCUGUUGAAUUCAUAGAUCAAAUCGGAAAAAUUGGAGACACUCUCUUCGAAUUAUUAUCAGAAGCUCUUGGUCUGAAACCUGAGUACUUGAAAUCUAUAGAGUGUAACAAAGGCCGUACCACUGUUUGUCAUUACUAUCCAGCAUGUCCUGAACCCGAUUUGGCCAUGGGAGUAACUAAGCAUACCGAUAACACAUUCCUGACUGUUCUUGUUGAAGACGAGACUGGUGGUCUUCAAGUGCUUCAUGAUAAUAAAUGGGUUGACGUUCGACCUAUUCCUGGAAGCUUGGUAGUCAACAUUGGAGACCUUCUUCAGAUAGUGUCAAAUGACAAGUUCAAGAGCAACGUGCACAGAGUGCUCCCAAGCCGUAGUCCAAGAAUUUCAGUAAUAGGGUUUUUUGCAGGACGUGUAGCUCCACCGGCAAGAUUGUAUGGUCCGAUAAAAGAAUUGUUGUCUGAAGAAAAUCCUCCGAAAUAUAAAGAAGUCCUGGUUAGUGAAUAUGUUGCAAGGUUCUUUAACAAAAAACUCCAUGAGAAGCCAAGAUUAAACAAAACUAUGUGUAGUGUCACCGUCACCAAUAAAUGUGGUUUCACGUUAGAUGAAGCUGUUGAAUUCAUAGAUCAAAUCGGAAAAAUUGGAGACACUCUCUUCGAAUUAUUAUCAGAAGCUCUUGGUCUGAAACCUGAGUACUUGAAAUCUAUAGAGUGUAACAAAGGCCGUACCACUGUUUGUCAUUACUAUCCAGCAUGUCCUGAACCCGAUUUGGCCAUGGGAGUAACUAAGCAUACCGAUAACACAUUCCUGACUGUUCUUGUUGAAGACGAGACUGGUGGUCUUCAAGUGCUUCAUGAUAAUAAAUGGGUUGACGUUCGACCUAUUCCUGGAAGCUUGGUAGUCAACAUUGGAGACCUUCUUCAGAUAGUGUCAAAUGACAAGUUCAAGAGCAACGUGCACAGAGUGCUCCCAAGCCGUAGUCCAAGAAUUUCAGUAAUAGGGUUUUUUGCAGGACGUGUAGCUCCACCGGCAAGAUUGUAUGGUCCGAUAAAAGAAUUGUUGUCUGAAGAAAAUCCUCCGAAAUAUAAAGAAGUCCUGGUUAGUGAAUAUGUUGCAAGGUUCUUUAACAAAAAACUCCAUGAGAAGCCAAGCCUUGAUGAUUACAGACUCUGA